GACCGGAAGUGUUUUAGUGCGUUUCAGCAGGCGGAACCAAAUGUGUGAUUAUCUCCAGUGGGAGGAGGCUUGUGUUCAAGUUAGAGAGGUAUUAGCGUGAAAGCUGUCAACAAACUCUCAUAGAGUAUAAUUUGUUACUUUUCUUAAAUGGACAUCUCUUGACAGAAUCGUUUUCACUUAAAGGACGACGGUGAUGUUUUUUUGGUUGUCGUAAAUUCCAAUUAAAGCGACACAAAUGUUCACGUUACACGAAGUGGAGGUUUUGUUUAGCUAGCAAGGUAACGUCGAUACGCUAGCACCAGCUACUUGGUGAACGGCAGGUCUGUCAAAGGCCCGGUUUGUCGGUGGCUAACGGUCCAGCCUAGUCUCCACAAAGAGGAAUAAAUGUCAUCUGAGCUCUGACCCCCGGAACCCUCCAGCCCACAACUUAAUUUUUGUUUUGUGGUGAGGUCAUGACUACUGUCAACAUCACCAAGGAUAUCCUGAAUAGGCAGAUCAGGGACAAUAGGGCAUCUGGUUUCCAAAGGUUCCAUCAUGUGACCGACCCCCUCAUCAAAAGACUUGGUCUGGAGGCGGAGCUGCAGGGCCAUACUGGCUGUGUGAACUGUUUAGAAUGGAAUGACAAGGGAGAUCUGCUGGCCUCAGGCUCAGAUGAUCAACAUGCCAUCAUCUGGGAUCCAUUAAGACACAAGAAGCUUACAACUAUGCACACAGGUCAUGCAGCAAAUAUUUUCUCUGUAAAGUUCCUCCCUCAUUCUGGGGACCGAAUCUUGAUAACGGGCGCUGCCGACACAAAGGUCCACGUGCAUGACCUGACAGUGAAGGAAACCAUCCACAUGUUUUCUGAUCAUACCAACAGAGUCAAGCGCAUCGCCACAGCACCCAUGUGGCCCAACACGUUCUGGAGUGCUGCUGAGGAUGGCAUCAUCAGACAGUAUGACCUGCGGGAGAGCAGCAAACACUCUGAGGUGCUGAUCGACCUGACGGAGUUCUGUGGUCAGCUUGUUGAAGCCAAGUGUCUAGCAGUCAACCCACGGGACAACAACUACCUGGCUGUGGGCGCCAAUGGGCCUUUUGUUCGACUCUAUGACAUCAGGAUGAUUCAUAACCACAGGAAAUCUUUGAGUCAGAGCACAUCAGCAGCUGUGCACACAUUCUGUGAUACGCAGAAGCCUAUCCCAGAUGGUGCUGGGCAGUACUAUGUAGCAGGGCACCUGCCAGUGAAACUCUCCGACUAUAACAACCGCCUCAGGGUGCUGGUGGCCACAUAUGUCACCUUCAGUCCAGAUGGCACCGAACUGCUUGUUAACAUGGGCGGGGAACAGGUGUAUCUAUUUGACUUGACAUUCAAACAGAGGCCAUACACCUUCCUGCUUCCAAAAAAAGGCAAGUUGAGCACCAAUACAUUUUGUUUCACAAAACUACGAGAUUUGCCGAAUGGAAAAACAACAAAUGGUGUUUCCAAUGGGCUUCACCUGCCGUCCAGCCACAUUCAUUUUGCUGGAAGUACACUGCAUUCUAGUUUUCCUGAGCUUCCCGCUCAUGUGGAGAAGAUAAAGCAACAAGCUAAUGAUGCAUUCGCCUGCCAGCAGUGGACACAGGCCAUCCAGCUGUAUAGUUUAGGCAUUCAUGAGGCCAGCUGCAAUGCCAUGCUAUACGGCAACCGGGCUGCAGCUUAUAUGAAACGCAAGUGGGAUGGAGACCAUUAUGAUGCACUCAGGGAUUGCUUGAAGGCUCUCACACUAAACCCCAGCCAUCUGAAGGCACAUUUCAGGCUGGCACGGUGUCUGUUUGAGCUGAAGUAUGUGGCUGAGGCGCUCGAGUGUCUGGACGAUUUUAAAGGAAAGUUUCCCGAGCAGGCGCACAGCAGUGCCUGCAACGCCUUAGACAAAGACAUCAAGGCUGCUCUUUUCUCCAAGUCGGAAUCAGCAGAAGACAAGAAGACCAACAGCUCCAUUCGGUUCCACUCUUUCAGCCGGAAAGAAUCCAUUCCUGAGGAUGAGUUGGUGUUAAGAGAGCGAAGCUUUGAUUACAAGCACAGAUACUGUGGUCAUUGUAACACCACCACGGAUAUCAAAGAGGCUAACUUCUUUGGAAGCAAAGGCCAGUACAUAGUGAGCGGCUCAGAUGAUGGCUCAUUCUUCAUCUGGGAAAAGGAGACGACUAAUCUGGUGAGAAUUCUGCAGGGGGAUGAAUCCAUAGUUAACUGCCUACAGCCCCAUCCCAGCUACUGCUUCCUGGCUACCAGUGGUAUCGAUCCUGUGGUCCGGUUAUGGAACCCCAGACCAGAGACGGACAGUGAGAAUGGGCGGGUGGUAGAGGACAUGGAGGGAGCUGCUCAAGCUAAUCAGCGGCGUAUGAACGCUGAUCCACUGGAGGUUAUGCUGUUCAACAUGGGCUACCGUAUCACUGGCCUGCAUGGUGUGGGUCCAGAUGGUUCAGACGAGGAAGAUGGCUCAGAGGGACAAGUGCAGUGUAGGCCAAGCUAAACGCACAGUUUUCCAUUCUGUAGAAUGGAUUUAGGAAGCAAAGCACUGUCCAGCUCCUGUUUGAAAGCUAACCCCGCCCCUCUCUCUGACAGAACAUUGAGUGAAUGUCAUGUCACAUCUCUGCACUAUGCAUCACCCUCCAUGUCCUACGGCAGGAACUGUGGAGGCCACUUUGAGGAACUCAUGGAGGGUCGAGACAAACGCCCUUCUCACCCGUACAAAGCCCCAACACCACCUCGGCCCCUUCCACCAGCCUGUCGUGACAGGGGGCCGCCUUCGAGGAGGACACCUUCCAUGUCACUCCCAGCUUCUCACAAAGAAGGAGGAGUUAAGCACUCAACCACUCCUGAGGUUUACGUUGGACAGCAGAGGCGGUGUGGGGUCGCUGCGGCCCCACAGCCGGUGUCUCCGUGGAGGAGCAGAUCACAGGCCAAAGCAGGGCUGUGCUGCACCUUCCGUCUGCUCCAUGGACGGAGCAGCGCGUUACAGUGCCCACACAUCUCAGACAGCCCGCACAUGGAAUUCCCACUAAAUUCGACUCAGUCCUAUUCUCAUUUGGAGUUUUGGAAGCCUAAAAUUAUUUGUAACUUCAAAUUGUGAACGUUUUUGCUCCAAUGAAAUGUACUUAGAAGCUUUGUUAAGGUUUACAAGUGUCAGGAAAACGAGGGGUUUCUUCUGCCAAAGGUUGCCAUUUAUCCUUUCUGAGCCAAGGAUUACUGUUGGUUUCUUUGUUUCGUUUAAAUUACUUUGGCUACUUUUAGUUAACAGCUGUUCCGACUUUAGAUAAUUGACAUAUCAGCGAAGCACUGAUGACGUAUUUGUUAAAGAACAUCAUUAGCUAAUACCUUUUUUUUUUUUCCUUUUAGUCCCAUUACACAUGCAGAACCAUUUGAGAUGAAGUGUCGGUGUCAAACUUUUGUUGGGUGUUUCAGUGGGACGCGCUCGCUGAUUUGUGUUGUAUGACAACCAGGCGCAAAGUAUUUGGUGGUGAUAAGGUUGCUGGCUGCAUGGCUCUAACAGUAGUGCUCAUCUGCAGUCAGGUGUUCAGCUUUUAUGAGCCUCCUCUAACCGUAGCUGUGAGGGGUGGAGAAAAAAGGGCACAGCCACACUCCAUCUGGUGCUCAGAGAGCAGCUCAUUGUGUUUCUCUUUCCCCCCCUCAUAGUAUAAUGUUAACAAAUGGGUCCUCAGCAACAUGCAUCACUAGACUUCCAUGCCUCUUACUUUGCUCAUUAAUUUGUUUUUCUUUGAGGAAUAACAUUUGUUGCAACAAAACAAAAAAUAAAAUUAUUGAACACCU